AUGGGUUUCAGCGUCGGGGAGACGCUCGCGUCGUCGGUGGUGAAGGAGGCGGUGAACAUGAUCCGCGUCGCGGCCGAGCGCGAGGCGGGCCUGCUCUGGAGCUUCAAGGACGACCUGGGGGCCAUGGGGGACACGCUGGAGACCAUCCACGCGGCGCUCAGGGACGCGGACGCCGCCCAGGGGCCGGCGCCGGCGAGGAUGGACGAGAGGACGCGCCUGCUGCUCGGGCGCCUCAAGGCGGCGGCGCAGGACAUCGAGGACCUGCUGGAGGAGUUCGCGGACGCCGGCGCCCGGGGCCGCCGCAGCAACUGGCUCCGCGAGGGGUCUCGCUGCUGCUAUAAUAUAUCUCUGUCGCGCAGUAUCUUGGCUCACAAAACGAGGAAGAUGAGGGAAAGAUUAGGAAGAAUUCAAGCAGAUGCUGGACUUGCUAGAUCCCAUGGUGGCACGAGCAGCAAUCUCCAUGAUCAGGAUGAUGGUAUCAGCCGAAGAGAAACAUGGUCAGAUUUCAGAGAAUAUAUUGUGGGGAGAGAGGAGGACAGAGAAGCAGUAGUGAGCACUUUGCUCAGGCACACUGAGAAAGAGCUCUCUGUUAUCUCGAUACAUGGCUUUGGCGGUUUAGGGAAGACGACACUUGCCCGGCUGGCCUUCAAUGCUGAGCCUGUGAUUAGAGCCUUCGAUUGUAGGGUCUGGAUUCAUGUGUCUAUGAAAUAUGAUUUGAUUAAAAUUGGGAAGUCGAUACUUUCCAAACUUGAAGCAAAUUGUUCUGGUGAUUUGGAUCACUUGAAGACACAACUGAAAGGAUUGCUCAAGGACAAGACUUUCUUGAUCGUUCUGGAUGACAUUUGGGAGGAAGACCCGCAUGAACUGGUGAAGUUGAUGGAUUUUCUGAAUGUUGGUGCAAAAGGAAGCAUGGUCUUAGUUACUACACGAUAUGAGAAAAUCGCUAUAAACAUGGACCCUGUUCUAUGCCACAGGCUGGACAGUUUAUCUGAUGGAGAAUGUUGGGAUCUUUUUAAGGAAACAGCCUUCGUCUCUGAAGCCAAAGAAGCAAGACUGCAACACAUCGGCAGAGAUAUAGUAAAGAAGUGCAAAGGUGUUCCUCUAGCUGUGAGAUCGCUUGCAUUUAUACUAAAAUUCAAGGAAGGGGUUGAUGAGUGGGAAGAUAUCAGGGAUAGUCACCUCUGGGAAUUGGAGGAAAAACAAGAUAUAUCUUUUGAGAGUGUCCUACCAUCAUUGAAGUUGAGCUUUCAACAUAUGUCUGCCACCUUGAAAUUAUGCUUUGUGUAUUGCUCUGUCUUCCCAAAAGGCAGUUACAUUGAUAAGGACUUGCUGAUCCAACAAUGGAUUGCACUUGGGUUUAUUCGGCUUAAUGAGUCGUUCCAUCCUGAAAGGCACGGUGAGGAGUAUGUUAAACAACUUUUGGGGAUGUCCUUCCUUCAGAUUUCAACUACACAAACACCUAUUACCAGGAAAUGUAUUGAAGCACCAAAUGUAUUCUGUUUGCAUGACCUAGUAUAUGACUUGGCAAGAUCCCUGGCGAUGGUGGACCUACUUUUCCUUGACACUGAGAGUAACCUUAAAGUUAGUUCCACACACAGUGAUUGCCGUUAUGCAGUGCUCACCAAUUGCAGUCCAACAACUCUCCCUAACAAGAUGAUGCGAAAACUGAGGGCUCUCCAUGUUAACGAAUGGAAGCAAGAAAAGAUCCCUAAUAAAAUAUUUGCUACUAAAUUCUUGAGAGUCUUGAAUUUAAGUGGAUGUUCUCUUUUGGUGCUGCCAAGUCGCAUCAAACAGUUGAAGCUACUGAGGUACCUUGAUGCUUCAGGAAUGCAAGAUAAAACGCUUAAUCACUUGAGCAGUCUGCAGAAUUUACAGGCAUUAAAGCUCUCAGGUAGCUUGAUUGGGGCACUUCCACAGGACAUGGGUUCUCUUGAGAAGCUGCGUUAUUUAAAUCUGAGUGGUUGUUCUAAUCUUUUGGUACUGCCAGAAUCAUUAUGUAGUCUUGGAAACUUGCAGUAUCUAGACAUGUCAAACUGCUCUGCAGUUGCCUCCACAUUUUGGCAAUCUUUUUAG